AUGCCACUGGCAAAAGAAUCUCGAUUUUUUAAGAACAACGGUGUUGGAAUUCACUAUCGCAUUUAUGGCAGCGGCCCUAUCCUGGUGUUUGUCCACGGCCAUCCUGACAAUGAGAUGAGAUUUGAGUAUCAAAUCGAUGAAUUUGCAAGAGACCAUACAGUCGUGCUACCUACGGUUCGAGGAUAUCCACCAAGCGAUGUACCGCCUGACGAAAAUGCCUACGACGGAAAUGUGAUGGCUGGAGAUCUUCUUGCGUUGAUUGACCAUCUCGGCGUAGAGAAGGCCAUAUUUGCAGGAGGCGAUGUCGGAGGGAUUCUUGUCCCAAAGUUGGCCUUCCUUCAUCCUGAGCGGUUCAGCGGCUUGGUCAUUUUCAACACUCCCAUUUUGGGCACUAUGAUGCACUUGAUUCAUCAUGAUAAGGACCAGCAACGACUCUCCCAGUACUCGCUGAAGUACAUAAAACAUAAUCCUGGAGAUGCGUACGAUAUCGACUUUGUCGUGCGAAGAAUUCCAGACGUAGAAUAUCGGGCCAAAAUCAAACAAUACCUGCAACAGUCGCCAGAGGGUGGGAUGUUCUACUUUUUCCGAAAAAACUUCCCUGGUCCUCCUUACGGGCAAAAUGUCGACACCUCGAACAUGCAUUACAAAAUGCCAUCCAUUGUCAUUUGGGUUACACUGCCCAAUGCGGGCCACUGGCUUUGGCGAGAAGACCCGAUCAAGGUGAACAGAGAACUGCGCUCGUGGAUCACCGCGCUUGAAACUGGUCAGCUUUGA